AUGGCCCACGAUCCGGCUCUCCAAGAUCCCCUACUCGCGCUGCGCCGCGCCAUCGCGGCCGGCAGCCUCCCCACGCCGACCACCUCCAGCGACCUCUCCGACCAGAAUGCCACCGACGACCUGGCCCAAGCCUCCCAUCUCUACUUCCAACAUCCCCUCCCACAAGCCAUCCCUCUCACCACCCCGACCCGCUUCGUCUCCAGCUCCUCCGACUCCGCCGUCGACCUCCGCAGUAUCUUCUUCGCGUGGCAGAAGAAAGACGUCGCCAUCCCCGAGUACAUCACCUCCGCCCAGGAGCUUAACGAGUCGCUAAAACAGAAGGAGCGCGCGGACGGGGAAGAGGAAGAGAAAGUCCAGAACCUGGUCUUCGUCGAGCGUCUCGACCUCCUCACCUGGCUGGAAGGGGCCUCCGAUGACAGUGAGUACAUCAAGCCGUUGGAGGGCGCGGCGGCGGCUGCAGCUGCCGCGUCCGCCGCUGCUCAGGCUCAGGCGUCUGCGAACAUCGCCUCUGGUGCGGCCGGGGGUGUCGCGGCUGUGCCCAGCGGUGCUCCGGGUGCCACGCAGGCCCAGCAGGGCAAGGCGGCCAAGGUGAUCGAUCCGCGGCUGCAGGAAAUCUACAAUGGGGAGCGGAAGAUGGGGGAUCGCAACAGUGUGCUACGGGGAAUCAAGCCGACGGACUUCUCCCACGUCCGCAAGACCGCCGAGGGUAUGCUGGGACGCAACCGGUCCCGACCGGGCCAAUACCCUGCGGGCGUGAAGCCCAGCAGCAAACCGCAGUCGGUGAUACCCGCGCCGUCGGCGGGCCUCUCGCAGCCGCGCAAGGGCAGCUCCAAGACGCAAGACCCGAUCAUCCUCCUGUCGCCGUCGGCGUCGUCGCUCAUCCGCAUGUCCAACGUACGCUCGUUCCUCCAAGACGGCGUGUUCGUGCCGCCGGACCACCCCACACUCUCCAUGCCCAACUCCAACAUCCUCUACAUCUCCCGCCCGCUACGCAUCCACUCGGACCCCUUCAGCUCCUCGCGCCCGGGCGGCGGCAGCUCAUCGCAACCCACCGCGCGGAAACCCACCCGCUUCAUCCUGGUCGACAGCACGGCCAACUUCCGUCCUGACUACUGGCAGCGCCUGGUGGCUGUGUUCACCACGGGCCAGACCUGGCAGUUCAAGUCCUACAAGUGGUCCUCCCCGCCGGAGCUCUUCAAACAGGCCACGGGCGUGUACGUCGGCUGGCGCGGCGAGGAUACGCCCCGGGAGGUGCGCAGCUGGGGCCGUGGCGUGCAGAGCUUCGCGGUCGAGCGCUGGGACGAGAAAGGUGGUGCUCACGGAUCGGGCCGGUGGCGUGAUCGGGAGGUCGUCGAGGGGAUCUGGUCCGCCAUUGAAGAGGGGAUGAGACUGCGAGGCUGGGGAUCCAAGUAG